AGACUGGAUCUGAAAAAAAGUUAUUGACUUGUGUUUUUGUGUUGUUUGUUUGAGUUUUUGUUUUAAAAACAGUGGGUUCGUUUGUAGGAAAUUAACUAAGGAUAGUCUUUCAUUUUUCACACUGAAUACUGUGAAUAAAAUCAUUUUAAACCUUCGCUCCGUACAGUUUGAAAUAUGGAGUUUGAUGAUGAACGGUUUUUGACUUUAGUGUUUCAAUAUCCUUGCAUAUACGACAACCACGAUCCCAAUUAUAAAAAUGCAGAUAGCAGAGAAAUAUGCUGGGCCGACAUAGGAAAUGAAAUUCGCUGCAGUGAUACAGAAUUUCUUAAAAAGAGAUGGGAUAUAUCCAAAGAAAAAUUUCGAAGAAUAAGAAAAAAAAUGAUUCGGUCUGAUCAACCCAGUUUCGCCAAUGAGUGGCCAUUGUAUCAUGUGAUGCACAAUUACUUUGAUCAAUUCAUUAAAACCAGAAAUCGACUUCGUGCCUCUGACAGAAGAGAGAUGGAGAACUGCCACCAAACUGAACUAGGUGCCCACCAUUCUGAUAGCUCACUAUUGGUGGAGUCAAAAUUGUUUGUUUCUUCACAUCCAUAUGUCCAUCAUGAGCUUCCACAAUCUGGUUCAGCAGUCUGUGUUGAUGGAGGAGGUGAAACAUCAUCCUUUGUUUCCCCCAGCCCAGCCUCUAGCCCUGAUCAUCAUUCAGACAACAACUUGGUUGAAGUAUCAUUAAGAACUCCAAAGUCCAAAAAACUCAAAAGAAAUUCUUCAGAAGGAAACUCUUCAGCUUUAAUAUGUGAAGCAAUGAAAAUAUGGAGUGAUUCUAUCCAGCAAUCUCAAAGAAACAAUGCAGCUUCCAUAUCUCCAGUAAACAGCUCCACUGACGAAAUAACUUUGUACUGUCUAAGUUACGCGGCGAGACUCAAAACACUUCCAUCAGAAGCUGUUGAUGAUAUCCGCUGUCAAAUGGAAUCUCUUAUGAGGGAAGCGCGACUGAAAUUUAAGUGAAAUAUAAACGAGCCAUUGAAUAAAUCCAUGUUUUUUUUU